CUUAAAGUGACCGGCAGUGAACCUCUGCGCAUUUAUUACAUAAUGUACGGCAUUUGGGAGGCGGGCAGACGUUUUGGCGGAGAAGGAAAUGUGUGACAUUCCUGCAGAACUUUGAAUCAGUUUAUUGUGCGGGUAUGAGGCCUCCACUGUUGGCGCCUGUCCUCAUCACCCUGCUCCUGGCAGCGGGGAGUGACGUCACAGGGCAGGAGGUGGACAGGAAGCCCAACUUCAUCCUGAUGAUGGUGGACGACCUGGGUAUCGGUGAUAUAGGCUGCUAUGGCAACGCCACCAUCAGGACCCCUAACAUAGACCGACUCGCUUCUGAAGGCGUGAAGCUGACUCAGCACAUCGCAGCUGCUCCCCUCUGCACUCCGAGCCGGGCCGCCUUCAUGACUGGGCGCUAUGCGGUGCGUUCAGGAAUGGGCAGCGCAGGUCGGGUCCAGGUGCUGCUGUUCCUCGGCGGUUCUGGGGGGCUGCCGCCCGGCGAGACCACGUUUGCCAAGAGGCUGCAGCAACAAGGAUACAGCACCGGACUCGUGGGGAAGUGGCACCUGGGCGUAAACUGUGAACGCAGAGGCGAUCACUGCCACCACCCAAACCACCACGGCUUCGGCUACUUCUACGGUCUGCCGUUUACCCUCUUCAACGACUGUGUGCCCGGAGAGGGGAGCGACAUCCUCACGGACCUCCAGCACACGCUCCGAAUCAUGACCGCCAUGCUCGGAGUUGCACUCUUUACACUAGUGUUGGUCCGCGUGUGGGGGCUUUUUGAAGCCAGCCUCUGGCUCCUGGUGCUGCUUUUGGCUCUGACUGUUCUAGCGGCUGCUGUGUGGUACGUGCCCUUUAAACUCCUGCCAAUCUGGAACUGCAUCAUCAUGAGGAACAAAGAAGUGAUCGAGCAGCCAAUGAGGGUGGACACGCUGCCCCAGAGGCUGCUGGGAGAAGCCCAGCGUUUUGUCAAGAGGAACGUGGAUCGUCCAUUCCUCCUCUUCUUCUCUUUGGCCCAUAUCCACACUCCACUGUUUGAAACACCCGCCUUCGCCGGCAAAAGUCGCCACGGUCGUUAUGGUGACAACCUGGAGGAGGUGGACUUCAUCAUCGGUAAGAUGACAGAGACGGUGGAUUCCCUCGGCCUGGCCAACAACACCCUGAUCUACUUCACCUCUGACCACGGCGGACACUUAGAGGAUUCGAACUCGCACAUUGGCCAGAAAGGAGGCUGGAACAGCAUCUAUAGAGGUGGCAAAGCUAUGGGCGGCUGGGAAGGAGGGAUACGGGUUCCUGGUAUUUUCCGCUGGCCGGGCAGACUGACGGCUGGUAGAGUAGUGGAUGAGCCCACAAGCCUCAUGGACCUGUACCCCACCCUCAAACAUUUAGCAAAGGACACACAACCGGACAGACAUUUAGACGGCUAUAACCUCAUGCCGCUGUUGGAGGGGAAGGCAGCGCGAUCACAGCACGAGUUCAUGUUUCACUACUGCGGCGUCUACCUGAACGCAGUCCGCUGGCAUCCUCCUGGUAGUGACUCCGUCUACAAGCUGCACUUUUUCACGCCCAACUUUUUUCCCCCGGGUGCUGGCGGAUGCUACGACACCAAGGUGUGCCUGUGUCACGGAGACCACGUGACGCGCCACAGCCCCCCACUUCUGUACGACCUGCGGCGUGACCCCUCGGAGUCCCGCCCUCUGACCCCUGACACGGAACCACGAUACGCUGAAAUCCUCGAGCAGGCGGCCAACGCCGUGGAGCAGCACGAAGGCACGCUGUCGCCCACGCGGGCGUCACAGGACCGGGGGGCGGAGGCACACGGCGUUGAAAGCCAGAUGACGUGGGAGAAGGUUCUGUGGAAACCCUGGCUCCAACCCUGCUGUGGGACCUUUCCAUUCUGCGGCUGCAAAGAAGAAGUGACACAUACUUGAAGCUACAGUACAGUAUGUAAGUUUUUUUUUUUUUUUUUUUUGGCAGCAGCAGGGAAAGUUUCUUUGUCUUUUUCAAACACUCGAGAACUUAUUAUGAAGCACUUUUCACUUUGUCAAUAGGUUUUGCAGCUUCUUAUAUAGAGCAUGACGGAACAUACUGUAGCAGAUGGUGGAAGACUAGGGAGAGAUGGAGUAAAAUGAGAAAAAAAAUGUUUUUUUUUAUACAUUUCUGAGAAUAUGGUGAAAAACUUACAGUAUUUGAACUUCAAAACAAUUUUAUUGAGUCAUUACUAAAAACUGGACGUUACUGUAUUUCUAUUUAUUGUUUUCACAAGUGUGAGUUAAAACCUAGAGUUUGUGUUUGACAUUAAGUGGAUCUGUUGAGCUGGUUCUGUUGUUUCUAAUAAAGCCUUAAGAUGCAAUAAACGUUUAUUUUACAGCUUCUAA